UUCAGGUGUGCAGUGUAGUGAUUCCACACUUCCAUGCGACACCCAGUGUUCCUCACAAGUGCCCUCCUUCGUCCCCAUCACCUAUUUCCCCCAUCGCUCCACCCACCUCUCCGCUGGUGACCAUCAGUUUGUUCCUUAUAGUUAAGAGUCUGUUUCUUGGUUUUCGAGAGGACUUUUUUAAAGGUGACUGGUUCCUACAAAAGAGCAGAAAACAUUUGAUAAUUAGAGUUUCAUAAUCUUUGGCUUAAAAGUUUCAGAUUGUCUGCUGUUCGGUGCUGUACACUUAAUGUUCUUGUGUAUAAAUUCCUUUUUUGUUGUUGUUGGUAUUUAUGUGGGGAGUUUUCUCUUCAGACUGCCAGCCACCUUUUGGGCUCCAGCAUGGUCGGCAUACAGGUGGAAACAGGGUCCUCUUUGUCUCUGGGAUGACCGUAGACUACACCUGUGACCCUGGCUACUUGCUUGUGGGAAACAAAUCCAUUCACUGUAUGCCUUCGGGAACUUGGAGCCCUUCUCCCCCUCGGUGUGAAGGUACUUUCAGUUGCAGAGUUGUUUUUCUCCGUGAUAUCAGGCAUGCAUACAUAAUUCAAACUUUGUUCUUCUAGAAGCACCAUGUCAACCUGUGAGAGAUGAUUUUCAAGAGCCUCCUCCCAUUCAAUCACCUGUGAUACCAGUUAAUACAUCCUGUCAAGAUGGGUGAGUAUGAGAUGGUCCAUUCUGAAAAGGGGUCCCCUCCUCUUUUUGGGCGUUAAUUCUGUCCUCAAGUUGUCUUGAUGACUCCUCCUAGAGGUCCCUCAUUGUCCCAUUCCUAGAGAAUGUGAGGCUCCACUGGUCUAACUACAUCUCUCUUUCAGUUCUUUCUUGACACGGAAAUGGCUUUGCUGUGGAAAAACUCUAUGUCUAAAGUAGUUUUCUUACUUGGAGGGCCAGGAGUUUUAGCUCCUGUCUGCCGACCUCUUCUUUAGAAGUGCCCCUGUACCUGUGCUUUAAGGAAGCUAGGUUGCAGAGAUGUGAUAUUGAGAAGAGGAAAUACAGUACAAUCUCUCUCCAGGUACCGGUUGACUGGACAUGCUUAUCAGAAGUGUCAAGAUGCCGAGAACAGGGUUUGGUUCCAAAAGAUUCCACUUUGUAAGGGUAAGUCAGAAAAAAAAUUUGUCAGUGAGGUAGUAAGGCAGGCCACUGAAGAACUAGCCUUAUAGGUCCAUAGUCUAUAUGUUCUAUUUCAUUGUACAUAAGAUAAGGCAACUCUUGCCGUGUUUGGUCGGCACUGGCAUUGGGAAACAAAGUUGUCAAAUAGGAACUGAGUAUUUGCCAUACAUCUGCCUGCGAUUUAAGAAAAAAAAUAUAUAGCCUAUGUUUCUAGUUUAUGGGAGCAUAGCUAUAUUUCUUCCUUUCUUAAUACUUUGUUUUCUGAAUUGUUUUGGAAUGAAUAUGUAUUAUUCAUGUAGAGAAUUAAAUAACACUGGUUUAAAAAAAAUCUUAUUUAUUUGAGACAGAGAACACAAGUUGAGAGGAGGGUUAGAAGGAGAAGCAGACUCCUCAUUGGGCAGGGAGUCUGAUGCGGGGCUUGAUCCCAGGACCCUGGGACCAUGACCUGAGCCGAAGGCAGACACUUAACCGACUGAGCCACCCAGGUGCCCCAAUAAUGCUGUUUUACAGGAAGCAUAACCUGGGUCCCAAAAUCUCAAUUAUUUUGUGGUCCCAUGUAGAACAUGCAGUUGCCUUGUUUUAUUUGUGCCCGACUGAAGACUGUCCACCAUGGUGUGCUAGCUGAAGCAGAAUUUCCUUAAUCUCUUCUGCAGUUAUUCACUGUGAACCCCCACCCAUAAUUGAGCAUGGAAGACCUAGGGGCGUGAUGGCAGAGCACUUUCUGUAUGGAAAUGAAGUCUCUUAUGAAUGUGACCAAGGAUUCUCUCUUCUGGGAGAGAAAAAUAUACGAUGCAUAAGUGAUCCUAAGGGACAUGGAUCUUGGAGUAAACCUCUCCCGCAGUGCGGCCUUAUUGGUCAAUGCAAAGCCCCAGAACAGCUUCCAUUUGCCAAGCCUUUAAGACUGAUCAAUGAGUCUGAGUUUCCCAUUGGGACAUCUAUUAAGUAUGAGUGCCGCCCUGGUUACCAAAAGAGAGUGUUCUCCAUGAAGUGCCUACAGAACUCGGUCUGGUCAAGCGUUGAAAAUAUGUGUAAACGUAAAUCAUGUGGAACUCCUCCAGAACUCCUGAAUGGCAAAUUGACGGUAGACGGAGACGCCCGGUUUGGAUCAACUGUUCAUUAUGCUUGUAAUGUAGGAUACCAACUUAUUGGUCAUUCAUCUAUUUCAUGCAUCAUCUCAGAUAAUACUGUCGUCUGGGAUGAUGAUCCACCUAUUUGUGAGACUAUUCAUUGUGAGCCACCCCCGGACAUUGCCAAUGGAAAUUUCCUUAGCACCAACAGAGAAUAUUUUCCAUAUGCAACCGUGGUGACCUAUCGCUGCAAUACUGGACAUAGAGGGGAAAAGCUGUAUGAGCUUGUGGGCAACCCAUCAAUAUAUUGUACCAGCGAAGACAAUCGAGUUGGCACGUGGAGCGACCUUCCCCCUCAGUGCAUUGUACUUAAUAGAUGCACACCUCCAGUCAUUGAAAAUGCUAUAAGGAUAUCUGAGAACAAAAGUUUAUUUUUCUUAUAUGAAACCGUGAGUUUUAUCUGUAAGCCUGGCUUUGUCAUGGAAGGACCCUCCAACGUGUAUUGCCAACGCCAAAACAAAUGGGGGCCGGAGUUGCCAAGCUGCACUAGGGCAUGUCAGGCACCUCCAGAAAUUUUCCACGGUAAACACAGCGCAAGGAACAAGGACAGUUUUGCCCCCGGACAGGAAGUGUUCUACAGCUGUGAGCCGGGCUAUGAGCUCCAAGGGGCUGCUUCUCUGCGCUGUACACCCCAGGGAGACUGGAGCCCAGCAGCCCCAAGAUGUGAAGGGAAAUCAUGUGCUGACUUCCUGGACCAACUCCCUAAUGGUCAUGUGCUCUUUCCAAUUAGUCUUCAACUUGGGGCAAAAGUGUCCUUCGUGUGUGAUGAGGGGUUCCGCUUACAGGGGAGUUCUUCUAGUUACUGUGUCUUGGUUGGAACGGAAAGCCUUUGGAAUAACAGUGUUCCUGUGUGUGAACAAAUCUUUUGUCCAAAUCCUCCAUCUAUCCCUAACGGGCACCACACUGGAACUUCAUGGGGACGCAUUCCCUAUGGAAAAGAAAUUACUUACACGUGUGACCACCACCCAACCAGAGGGAUGAUCUUCAACCUCAUUGGGGAGAGCACCAUCCUCUGCACCAGUGACAAUCAAGGGAACGGGAUUUGGAGCGGCCCUGCCCCUCACUGUGUACUUGCUGGUCCUGCUGGUUACUGUAAAGCUCCAGAGGAGUUUCCAUUUGCCAAGCCUGCGACCGCGAUCAAUGAGUCUGAGUUUCCAAUUGGAACGUCUUUGAAUUAUAAAUGUCUGCCGGGGUAUUCUGAGAAUAUGUUUUCUAUCACCUGUUUAGAAAACUUGGUCUGGUCGAGUGCCAAAGAUAUCUGUAGACGAAAAUCAUGUGGAACUCCCCCAGAACCCAUCAAUGGCAUGGUGCAAAUAAUCACAGAUACUCAAUUUGGAUCAACAGUUCAUUACUCUUGUAAUGAAGGGUAUCGACUCAUUGGCUCCCCUUCCGCUGCGUGUCUCCUCUCGGGCAGUACUGUCACUUGGGAUAAGGAAGCACCUAUGUGUGAAAAAAUCUUUUGUCCAAAUCCUCCAUCUAUCCCUAACGGGCACCACACUGGAACUUCAUGGGGACGCAUUCCCUAUGGAAAAGAAAUUACUUACACGUGUGACCACCACCCAACCAGCGGGAUGAUCAACCUCAUAGGGGAGAGCACUAUUCGCUGCACAAGUGACAAUCAAGGGAACGGGAUUUGGAGCGGCCCUGCCCCUCACUGUGAACCUGCUGGUCCUACAGCAUGCCCAUAUCCACCCAAGAUCCACAACGGGCAUUACAUUGGAAGACAUGUGUCUCCGUAUCUUCCUGGGAUGAUCGUCAGCUAUGCUUGUGAUCCAGGCUACUUGUUGGUGGGAAGAGCCUUCAUAUUCUGUACCUACCAGGGAACCUGGAGCCAAUUUGAUCAUUAUUGCAAAGAGAUAAAAUGUAUCCUCCCAGAGUUUAUGAAUGGAAUCCAGAAGAAGUUGCACAUGAGAAAAGUAUACCACUAUGGAGAUAAUGUAACUUUUGAGUGUGAAGUUGGGUAUACUCUAAAAGGCAGUCCCCAGAGUCAGUGUCAGGCGGAUGACACAUGGAACCCUCCUCUGGCCAUAUGUACAUCGAGCACACGGGAUGCUCUCACAACUGGCCUUGUCUUUGGUGUGAUCUUUCUCUUAUUCAUCAUUGUUUCCUGUUGCAUAAUUAUAAAGCACAGAAAACGCACCAAUACAGAUGAAAAACCUAAAGAGAAUAUCCAUUUAAGUCCUCAAGAAGACAGCGGCAUACAGCCUCAAACUCUGCAAACAAAUCAGGAAAACAGCAGGUACCUACCGUACAUAUCGAAUUCAUUAUGUUGUCAGGAACUCAAAUACUGAAAAUGAGAACAGGAUUU